AUGGAUCCGCCUACUUCCGCCGCCAAGCGGCGGGAGACGGGGGAGGCGGAGCGGUUUAUGAGCAUCGCCGAGAAGCUCCUGACGGCACGCGACCUGGAGGGCUGCAAGCAGUUCGUCGCCCAAGCCCUCUCCUUCGACCCCCGCGCCCCGGGCGCCGACGACCUCCUCGCCGCCGCCGAUGCCCUCCUCGCCGACAAGCGUCGGCGCCUCCCGUCCGGGGCCCUCGAUCCCUACGCCGUCCUUGGCCUCGACUCCGCCGUGCCGGCCUCCCGCGAGCCUGACGUCGUCCAUUCCCACUACCGCCGCCUCUCCUUCCUGCUCAACCGCUCCCACCCUGACCGUCCCUGCUCGCUCGCCUUCGCCGACGCUGCCCGCCUCGUCGCCGACGCGUGGGCCUUCCUAUCGGAUCCCAUCCGCAAAGCCUCCCUCGACUUCGACCUCGACGCUGCCACCGCUGCAACUAACGCAGCUGCAGCUGCCAAAGCCGCCGCCGCCGCCGCAGCAGCAGCAGCGUCAGCUCGUGUACCCACCGCUCCCCAUCCAGAGAAGCAGCAUCAGCCGCAGUCACAGUCACAGCCGCCGCUGCCGCCUGCUCCGCAGCCACCGCAGACUGUGUCGGGCACGCCGCCACCAAAGCGCGGGCGACCGCCGCGGGCUGCCAAAACGCCGGCGACGCCGCCUGCUGCGCAGCCACCGCAGACCAUGUCGGGCACGCCGCCACCAAAGCGUGGGCGGCCGCCGCGGGCUGCCAAAACGCCGCCUGAGACUGAACGAAACCAGGAGGGGGAAGCUCUACAGGCGCCAGCGUUCUGGACGGUUUGCCCCUCCUGCUGCGGCUUACACCAGUAUGACCGCUCCUACGAGUCGCAAACGCUGCUCUGCCCCAGCUGCCGCUGGCCGUUUGUUGCCACGGCAAUGUCCACGCCGCCACCCAUCGUGCCAGGCACAGACAUGUACUACUGCUCCUGGGGGUUCUUCCCAAUGGGAUUCCCUGGUGGCCCUGCAUUCGCCGGACCGCUCAAUUCACCGCAGCAGCAGGCGCCUGAUGCCCUAGGAUUUUAUCCAAUGGGGCCAUACUUGCCAUUGCCGGGCCCAAGUGGCAUUGUGGAAGGGGAAGGCAAUAAGGCAGUUGAUGCUGCCACUGGCAUUCCUGUCACCCCAACAGUGGCAGCGCCAGCGCCAGCACCAACAGCACCAACAGCGGCAGCACCAGUGAAGUCCUCACAUGUGAAGGUUGGGGCAAAGAAGCGAGGGCGGCCUAAAGGCGGCAAGAACAAGAAAGUGGUGAUUGAGAUAAAUUAG